GCAAGCUACCAGUGGCCUAACAAGUUCUGAGCGGCUGAAGCUUCCCUCGGUAAGCGCAUUGGCCCGCUCAGCACAAAGGGCACGCCGCGCCUUAAACAUGCCGCUGCCUGCUGCACAGCAUAUUCACGAGAUCGACCUCCCCAGCUGGCUUGAAUCGCUUCCAGACGGGCGAUCGUUCUUGCUGUAUGAUUCUGGCGCACAAGACAAAGAUCGUCUAUUCAUGUUUGCGACGGACGAGAACCUUCGACUCCUCAGCCAGUACGCUGACUGGUUCGCCGAUGGCACUUUCGACGUCUCGCCGUCGCUCUUCCAUCAGGUCUAUACCAUCCACGGACUUGUUCAUGGCAAGGUGCUACCGCUAGUCUACUGCCUGAUGACCAAACGGAGCCAGGAAGCCUACGGGCGCGUUUUCAGGACACUCAAGGAACUUUGCCCCCGACUGUCGCCUCAGACGUUAAUGAUGGAUUUUGAAGUGGCGGCCAAGCGAGCUUUUCAGUCGGUGUUCCCGACAGCCAAAGUGACGGGCUGCUUCUUCCACCUAAAACAGUCGUUUGUUCGUCGGAUGCAGGAGGAGCACCUCAUCGUCAGAUAUCGUGAGGACGGUGACUUCCGAAGAAGAGUGAGCAUGAUACCGGCACUGGCGUUUGUUCGACCCGGUGACAUUACGCGAGGUAAAGGAAAUUUUUAGUACUGGCGGGCAAGGCCUCGUGCGUUGCCAGCCUCGUUGUCAUAUCAACGUCGUGCAAGACUGAUUUCCGUUACUUGUCUGGAUUGGUUCUCGUUAAAUCUGGUCUUAGUUUAAGAAUACAUGUACAU